AUGUCGUGUGGUGGAGGAUCUGGCAGGGCUGUUACGAUUCUCUCGCGAUCCUUAUUCCGCCAAUCUCCUUCUGUAAGAACUACUAUAUGUACCGGCAACCUGAAGAAGGUGUUUGUGGGUGAUACCCGGGCGAAUUUGGCUACCUGGAGUUUGCGCCGGUGGUUGUCCUCCGCUCCAACGUCCCCUGCCACUCCCGCCCUCGCUCUCAUAUCCACCGCUGGUUCCAACCCCGCUCCGCUUCCCAUACCCGCUACGCAUUCCCGACAGCUGUGCGUUUGCUCUCACGCUUUCUCCUCACCACGGGAGCGCUCAUUGAACACUCUCCGUCAUAGCCUCGAUCGUCAACGUACAGGCCCGGCAGUUCCAGCCUAUUUUUAUCGCAGCAGCACACAUCAUCCCUUGAACAGCGACACGUUUCUCCGCUUCCAAACACACGCAGACCUCCAGCGACCACUGCAGCAACAGCACUGUCGACCGUUCUCGCAAUGGCACGGUCAACAGCAACAGCGACGACAUGGUGAGGGUGGAUAUACGUAUCGGACAUUUGAUGGGCGGGGAGGAUAUGGACAGGGAUAUGGUGGCGGUGGAGGUGGAGGUGGCGGAAGAAGAUGGUGGAUGUAUUACCAGUUAAUGAACUUCUGGGAGCAGCAUAGAUUGGUGAUUAUAUGCGGGGGAUCCGUGAUAGUGGUGUUUUACGCGUGGAAUUUGGAAGUUGUGCCUAUGACCGGUCGCCUCCGCUUCAACUGCAUCUCCAACGAAUUCGAAAUGCGAUACGGCAAGCAAGCCUACGAAAUGGUUGUGCAGGAAUACCAUGGACGUCUCCUGCCGAACUCGCAUCCGCUGGUUAGAUAUGUCGACAGCGUUUUUCGCCAGCUGAUUCUGACGAGCCAUCCACAGCUAGGCAAGGGGGAUGAGAUGCUGAAGAGGCUGAAUUGGAAAGUGCAUGUUAUUGAUUCGCCGGAGAUGAAUGCGUUUGUAUUACCGGGAGGCAACGUAUUUGUCUUUACUGGUAUCCUGCCUAUCUGUCGUGAUCGAGAUGGUCUCGCUGCGAUAUUGGGCCAUGAGAUCGCGCAUGUCCUCGCACAUCAUAUGGCGGAGCGCCUUAGCUCCAAAAUUGUUGUGGUUAUUGCGACGGUCGUGGUAUCGAAGCUGUUUGAGGUGUCAGAAAACUUGAUGUCGACUAUUUUUAAUCUGAUUCUUUCUCUGCCCAACUCUAGGGUGCAGGAGUUGGAGGCGGAUCAGAUUGGUUUGAUGAUGAUGGCGAAGGGCUGUUUUAAGCCCGAGGCUGCUGCUGCAUUAUGGAGCCGGAUGCAGCAAGCCGAAAAGAGAGCGCCUAUGCAUAUAUUAUCGACGCAUCCUUCGAGCGGGACACGGAUGAAGGCUAUUCAGGAGCUGCUCCCGGAAGCAGAUCUAGCGUAUGAUGAUAGCGGUUGCGGGGUGACGGGGCGAUACGGUAGGUCAUUCAAACACCCGCCGUUGGAAGCUUCACGAAUAGACUCAGGAGACAAAAAGUUCCAACACCCACAGCCGGCAACACAGCAGCAGCAUCUGAAGAGAUCAACCUCCAUCCAUGUCGUUGUCAAUUCCCAGCGCCCCAAAUGCUGGGCUGUUCAAACAGGGCUAUACAAGUACCGAAAUAUCCAACCUGCUAACUGUCCACCCCCCUCCCAAAACAGCCAUGACGCCGAAGACGGCGCCGUCCUCCGCAAUAUCGAAGCAUGCCGCUCCAUCGCGCAAACAGUACAGACAUCCCUGGGCCCCAACGGCCGCAACAAAAUCAUCAUCAACCACCUGCAAAAGUUGACCCUAACAUCGGAUGCCGCUACUAUCCUUCGCGAGCUCGAGGUUGUCCAUCCCGCAGCCAAACUGGUUGUCAUGGCUAGCCAGCAGCAAGAGGCCGAGAUGGGCGACGCGACGAAUUUGGUUAUUGUGCUUACGGGCGAGUUGCUGAAGAAGGCGGAGGAGCUGCUGAGGAUGGGGUUGAAAACGAGUGAUAUUGUGCUGGGAUAUGAGAAGGCUCAGGGACUUGCGUUGAAGUGUUUGGAUGACCUCGAGGUGGAUAGGCUCAAGGAACUACGGUCUACAUCAGAGUUGAGCAAGGCAGUUAGAACUGUCAUUGGGAGCAAACAGUCCGGCUCAGAAGAUAUCCUAGCCCCGCUUGUCGCAGAGGCCGUCCUGACGGUCCUCCCGAAAAACCCCGCUAACUUCAACGUCGACAAUGUGCGCGUCGUCAAGAUCAUGGGCGGCAGCCUAGAUCAAUCCCGAGUCGUCAAGGGCAUGGUGUUCGGCCGUGAACCGGACGGAACCAUUAAAAAGGCCAAUAAGGCCAAAGUCGGCGUCUUCAGCUGUCCCAUCGACAUAUCCCAGACAGAAACCAAGGGCACAGUCCUCCUCCACAACGCCCAGGAAAUGCUAGACUACACCAAGGGCGAAGAAGCCCGCCUCGAAGCCACCAUCAAAGAACUCUACGACUCCGGCAUCCGCGUUGUUGUCGCCGGCUCCACAGUCGGCGAGCUAGCAAUGCACUACCUAAACCGUUUCAACAUCCUCGUCAUCAAGAUCCUCUCCAAAUUUGAACUACGCCGCCUCUGCCGCGUCGUCGGCGCCACGCCCCUCGCCCGCCUCGGUGCCCCCAUGCCCGACGAAAUGGGCUCCAUCGACGUCGUCGAAACACUCGAGAUAGGCGGUGAUCGCGUCACGGUCUUCAGGCAGGAGGAUGCAGGCGCCGUCACGCGAACAGCCACCAUCGUCCUGCGCGGCGCGACGCAGAACCACCUCGAUGACGUCGAGCGCGCCAUCGACGAUGGCGUCAAUGUCAUUAAGGCCGUGACUAAGGAUCCGCGCCUGGUGCCUGGAGCGGGUGCCACGGAGCUCCAGCUCGUCGAACGCGUGUCUUCCAUUGCGGAUAAGACGCCCGGUCUCCCGCAGUAUGCCAUCCGUAAAUACGCGGAGGCAUUUGAAGUUAUCCCGCGCACGCUGGCGGAGUCUGCCGGGCUGGAUGCUACGGAGGUUCUAUCGCAUCUGUACACGGCGCAUCAGCAGCGUCGAUCAGCAGGGGGUAACAAGAAACAACAGGCCGUUAACCACGCUGUGGGUGAGGAGGUGGAGGAGGUGGAGGAGGAGGAGGAUGAAGAUGAAGAGGAGGAAGUAGAAGAAGAGGAAGAGUCCGAAAACGCCAGCUUGUCUGAGGAUGAGGAGCCAUAUUGGACGACCGGCGUUGAUUUGCAGGCGUCUUCCGCUACGGGAACAAUCGAUGCGGUCGAAGAGGGGAUAUUGGAUCUACUUGCUUCCAAGGCGUGGGCUAUUAGGUUGGCGACGGAGGCGGCGCGGACGGUGCUGUCGGUUGACCAGAUUAUUGUGGCGAGGCAGGCGGGGGGCCCGAAACCGCCGGGGCAGAAUCCUAAUUGGGAUGAAGAUUGA